AUGGAUGGUAUUCAUGGGGGUGAUUCUCGGAUACACAUCAGUGAUGGACAGCAUCCUAUACAUGUGCCAUAUAUGCAAGAACAUGAGCAUCACGGGCUGCACCAUAUGAGCAAUGGGAAUGGGAUUGACGAGGAUCAGAAUGAUGGUGGUGAUACUAACUGUGGUGGAAGUGAAAGCGUGGAAGGUGAUGUCCCCUCCAGCCAUGGAAAUCUCACUGACAAUCACGCUGUAAUAAUGGAUCAAGGGGGUGAUGCUGGGGAUCAGCUUACGUUAUCUUUUCAGGGCCAAGUUUAUGUCUUUGACUGCGUGUCACCAGAAAAGGUUCAAGCUGUACUGCUGUUACUGGGAGGCCGUGAAAUACCUCCAACUAUGCCUACCAUGCCAGUAUCUCCUCACCAUAAUAACCGGGGGUUUACUGGUACUCCGCAAAAAUUCAGUGUCCCUCAGAGAUUAGCUUCAUUGAUUAGGUUUCGUGAAAAGCGGAAAGAACGAAAUUUUGACAAAAAAAUUCGGUAUACUGUUCGGAAAGAAGUAGCAUUAAGGAUGCAAAGGAAUAAAGGUCAGUUUACAUCUUCCAAGUCCAAUCAUGAGGAAUCUGCAUCAACUGCAACAAAUUGGGGGACAAAUGAAAACUGGUCGACUGAGAAUAACGGAUCCCAGCAGCUAGAUAUUGUUUGUAGGCACUGUGGCAUCAGUGAGAAGUCCACACCGAUGAUGCGACGUGGGCCUGAAGGGCCAAGAACACUCUGCAAUGCUUGUGGUCUUAUGUGGGCAAAUAAGGGAACACUGAGGGACCUAUCAAGGGCGGCACCCACGUCUGGACCAAUCAAGAAUGAGAAUAAAAGUUUAGAGACCAACCAGAUAGUCCAUAGAGUUGCAGGAGAAGCUGAUGAUUCGUCGUGA